AUGUGGACAGCGGGUCUCCUGGUGGUGAUCCUGUGUGCACCACUAAUUCUGGCCCAGUUCCCCCGAAUGUGUGUAACCCCCGAGGUGCUGCUGAGUGGCCAGUGCUGCCCGUCUCCCACAGGGGUGGUAGGGGACGAGUGUGGCGUCAGAACAGGGAGGGGGCAGUGUGUGGCCAUUACAGCCGAUAACAUGCGCUAUGGACCCCAGUACCCGUACGCCGGGCGUGAUGACAGAGAGAUGUGGCCACUGAGAUUUUUCAACCGCACUUGCCAGUGUAAUGGGAAUUUCAGCGGCUUCGACUGUGGAAAGUGUAAACAUGGGCUUACUGGACCAAACUGUGAUCAGAGGAUCCCUGUGGGUAAGAGAAGGACGCUAUCUAAACUUAGCACUGGCAACCUAAAAAUUCUGUCUCUCCAACUUUCCCCCACUGUACCUUUUAACAUCUCAGUGGGCCUCGACAUGUACAAAAGUACACCAGUCAAGACAAAGACAAGAGCAUUUUGUCGGGGGGGGAAAAUGUCUAUGUAAAUUUUUUAUACUAUUUUUCUUCUCCCCUCUCUUCCUUUAUUCCUCCAACGCUCCAACAACACCAUUUCCCCCCUUUUCCAUCAUUAACCCUGCAACAGUGAGGAAAAAUAUCAUGGGGCUGAGUGCAGCUGAGAAGCAGAAUUUUGUGAAUGCUUUGGACCAAGCUAAGAGGACCGUGCACCCUGACCUGGUCAUCAUGACAAGACGGUACGACAAAUACAUUUCAUCAUUUCAGUCAUGCUGCAAGAGCUCGGCUACAUUAAAUGAAGCCAUUCAUUGAACAGACAGCAGAGUUUAGUCAAAAAAAGAAAACUGCUGUCUCACUGCGAGCAAGUUUAAUAGUCAAAAGCUAAACUGUAUAGCUGCGGGUGAACAAACGCUCUGUUUUCAUUAAAUUAUAAAUAUCAGGAAAAAUCACAAGAUUACUCAUGGAGGCUUUGUACUUAAUCUGCAGGUGGAGGAGCAAAUUAUCAGUUUAGGCGCAAGUAAAGGGAUUUAAAAUCUUCUAAGUAACAGUACAUAAAUCUGUGAAUAGCCUCCUUUCAAGUCAGUUGAGGAUUACAGUAGAUUAAUUUUUGAGGCAAUUCUCAGUUCGAGGUAGGAGAACUUGUUUAACCUUCUAAUAAAAAAGAUGAAACUCUCCACCUUUAAACAGCCAAGCAUGAGCUAUUAGCAGCGCCUUUAUAUUUAAAGCCCAGUCUCCUUAGAAAGCUGCAUACAAAAAUAAAGUGUAUGCACAGCGUCUACCGAUUUGUAAUUCCAUUAAAGUAACAUGCAACCACACAUCAAACCCGCUGAUAUGAGAUGUAGGAUGCUGUUUCUGCAUUAAAAAGCAGUGUGAUCUAAGAGAAGCCUGGAGGAAAAACACAAAGAGACAUUUGCUCUUUUGUUCACUGUCUGUAGAUAUCCAGAGGUGCUUGGGCCUAAUGGUAGUGAGCCACAGUUCGAGAACAUCUCCAUAUACAACUAUUUUGUUUGGAGUCAUUACUACUCUGUGGCCAACACCUUCCUGGGGCCAGACCAGCCAACCUUUGAAGGUAUAGACUUCUCCCACGAGGGCCCCGGUUUUGUCACCUGGCAUCGCUAUCACCUGCUGCAACUAGAGAAAGACAUGCAGGUGAGUCCAGCAGAAGAAGGAAUACAGCCAAACUGGAAAGUAAAAGAGGACGUAAAAGAGGGCCUUUAAGGAAGUUCAAGAUGGGAGAAGGGAUGAUAAAAGGAGAAAGAAAGGAGUGUGGGGAUAUCCCUGAGGAAGGAGGAAUAACAGUCAAGAGGGAAGUAAAAUUGUGGAAAAUUUAAAGAAUUUGUGGAAAAAUGGGUGACUAAAAGAGUAGACUGGAAUACUAGAAAGAGAAAGGGAGAUUUAACAGCAUUCUCUGAUAAAACAAGGGCUUAAUAAGUGCAUCUAUUUAUAACAGCGAGCUAUAUUUAUUGCCUCAUCUGUAAACAUCUUUUUUUUUUUUCCCAGAAUAUGCUGGGUAACCCCACCUUCGCCCUGCCGUACUGGAACUUUGCCAUCGGAGGCAGCGAGUGUGACAUUUGCACUGAUGACCUGAUGGGAGCAAGGAGCUCUUUCGAUGUGAACUCAAUCAGCUCCAACUCCUUGUUCUCCCAGUGGAGGGUAGUCUGUGAAAGCGUUGAAGACUACGACACUUUGGGCACCAUCUGCAACGGUGAGGACAGUUGCAGGGAAUAAACUCUACAGUGUACCGCCACACUGCGCAGGGAGAGAAGUGUUGAUAUACAGCGUAGUCUCAGCUGCAUCAGAAAAGAGGGCAAAGAGCUCAUAAAGGGAGCAUGUAGAACAUAAGCUGCUAUAAAUAAUACCUCACAGCUGUUGUGCUGUAUUGGAUGUUGCUCGCUAUUACUACAGUUUGUUUGAAACUACUCCACUACUGAAAAAACUUCUCAUUGAAUUGCAGUGCAUAUCCAGUCUAUUGCAAGCAUUUUUCUUUUAUUCACCCAAGUAACCCUAUAGAAGACAUUCGAAUAUAGAGAAGUUCUUUAAGCCGUAAUUCCCUAUGGGGCCCGGCAGUUUAAAGCAGAAUAAGGCAACUUAGUGUAACCACAGAAAUAAGCUGGACCUUACGUGAUCAGAUUUGCAAGGAUUGGAUCUCAUUCCACACUGGCACAAGAUUACAACCUCUAAAUCACUUCUUCAACAGCCAAAUUCACACUUUUUUUUUCAUCUGGUUUUGUAGCAUAUAGAAGAAUGCCAAUCCUCUUUUUGGGUUACUCUACUAUUAAAACAUGAAGGCGGCGCGGCUUUUAGAACAAUCGCUUUUGUACGAAAACAAAGCUAAGGGGAAUUUGGGAACAGGUAGAACAUGUGAGCCGCUAACGUGUGAGUGCUCUGUCUCAUUAAUCCCCUUAGAGAGUCAUGACAGGCCCGGUAUUUCCUGCAUCAACAAGCAACAUCUCCUUAAAUGGGUUAGGGGGGCUGCCUCAUUUGAGCAUGUGCUUGUUGAAGACAGGAAUCUAGCAGUCUACUGGUUCCUUUGAUCUGAGGGUAUAAUCCUACAACAGACAGACAACUCAGAUAUGUAGCCUUCUGUUUAUGUGCUCGAGUGCCUAUGUGUGUUUGUGUACACAUGGGACACAAAAGAACAAAAAGAAGAGAAAGAAAAAGAUCAUGCAAGCAAAAGGGGGAGAGAACACUUCCCGUUCAGUCUCAGCGCUCUCACUCACUACUGUUGACUUUUGGUUAAUUAUUCAAAGAGAAAACUGCCAACCUGUCAUGUUUUAGAAUGAUCAAACCAGUCUAGACCUCCAUGAAGAAUUGAAAAGAAGUUUAAUAAUACAACAUUUCUAAUCAUCUUUCUUUCUGUUGAGUCUCAACUAUUAUCUAAGAGUCUUUUGUCUGAGUUUAGCGGUAAUUAUAAUUCUUUUGCCUUAGAUGAUAUUACCCCUGACCUUGACUUCUGUCUGCAUCACACAGGCACAGAGACCAAUCCUAUCAGAAGGAAUCCAGCUGGAAACACGGCCCGUCCUAUGGUGCAGAGGCUACCAGAGCCUAAGGAUGUGUUGGACUGCCUGGAGCUCAAAACCUUUGACACGCCGCCUUUCUACUCCACUUCCUCAGAGAGCUUCAGGAACACUAUUGAAGGUCCGCAGUGAUGCGUCAUGGGUCAGAAUCAAUGCAGCACUUAACAUUUCACAUCGUCCAAACAACUUCAGACUAGUAGUGGCAUUCAGGGUGAGCGGUUACAACUAUGGAGCUGCUAAAAUACUAUGAAAAUGCGCUUAUGCAAAUAAACAGCAAAAUAGACUGUCCACCCAUAUGCGCACUCCUACGUUGCACUUGUUAUUGUUAAUUUAAGUAGAUCAUUCAUGUCAUUGAUGGUCUGUAUUUUCUAGGCUACAGCGCCCCUCAGGGAACAUAUGACCCUGUGAUCCGCAGCCUCCAUAACCUCGCCCACCUCUUCCUCAACGGGACAGGAGGACAGACCCAUCUCUCGCCGAAUGAUCCCAUCUUUGUCCUGCUGCACACAUUCACUGAUGCAGUCUUUGACGAGUGGCUCAGCAGGCACCAACCAGGUCCACACAGCCGGAUCUAGUUCCAGACACAAUAUCAUGACUCAGAGGAAUGAGCGAGCAGAUAAACUUAAUGUUCUUAUCCUGCAGGUCAAGUAGUUUAUCCUGAGGAGAAUGCUCCUAUCGGGCACAACAGGAGGUUCAACAUGGUGCCUUUUUGGCCCCCUGUCACCAAUGCUGAGAUGUUUGUCUCUGCCCCGGCAAACCUGGGAUACUCCUACGAGGUCGAGUGGCCAAGUGAGUGGCACCAAAUAUUCGCAAAAUCAAAACCUAAAAGCCACUUGUCGUGAUCUUACUUUCUUUUUCCUUAUAGCUCCUGGCUUCACCCUGUCUGAAAUCAUCACUAUUGCCAUUGUUGGGGCGGUGAUUGUGGUGACGGUGGUGGGUGGCAUCAUUGCCUGUGCCUUGCGAGCCCGCUCCUACCGCUCAUCCGAAGCCUUGGAGCCACUGCUGGGGGAGACUUUCCGGCGCUACUCAGAGGAUGACCGGAGGUUGGACAAAUCACAGUCUGUUGUCUGAAUCUACAUCAUUAUAGCCAGGCCUU